CGUUUAACUGUGACAGUGGCCUAUUAAGAAUAACUGCCAACUGAAAUAUGCUUCCGUUUGCAUUGUGCACAGACAUCUGUGAGAUAGUGGGCCAGGACCGGCUUUGCACAAUCACAGGACGUUGAGUGCGAGAGCUGCCCUCUGCUCCGGUUAAGGUUCACUGUGGUUUCAGCUGACUCAGAGCAAAGCAGCGUGGAAUCUAUACAAUCCACCCACCACACAGACCCGUUCAAACCUCCAGCUCGACAUUACUGCCGAGGAGGACACUAAACAGUCGCAUCAUCAUAUUAUUGUAGUACCAGACAGAGGCUGUGGAAUGGAGGUGCACAAUAAGCUGUUGAACUCAGUGGAGGGCUGUGUGGACGAUGCCCUCCUAGGGCUGGUGUGUUUGAACCCGGGUCUGUGCCAGCUGCAGGGGCAGCGUGUGGUUCUGCGCUCGGACCUGAGUUCUCUGAGAGGGAGAGUGGCUCUGCUGUCAGGGGGGGGCUCGGGGCAUGAGCCUGCCCACACGGGCUAUGUGGGCAGGGGCAUGCUCUCAGGCGCAGUGGCUGGAGACGUAUUCAGUUCACCCCCUCCUGGCAGCAUCCUGGCUGCAAUCCGAGCAGUGAUGGAGGCAGGAGCAGAGGGUGUUCUGCUUAUUGUGAAGAACUACACGGGGGACCGGCUGAAUUUCGGAUUGGCUUUGGAGCAGGCGAGGUCCGAGGGGAUGGAUGUUGCCAUGGUGAUCAUCGCUGAUGACUGUGCGUUCACAGAGCCUGGCAAAGCAGGGAGGCGGGGCCUGUGUGGCACUGUCCUCAUUCACAAGCUGGCUGGCGCUCUGGCAGAGGAGGGGCGCCCCUUGGUGGAGAUUGUGGAGCGAGUGAGCCGGGCUGCACAGCACAUUGGCACUCUGGGGGUCAGCCUGUCUCCCUGCUGCCUGCCUGGGGCGUGCCCAACAUUCACCCUCGCAGCAGACCAGAUGGAAUUGGGGCUGGGGAUCCAUGGGGAAGUAGGGAUCAAAAGGUCAAAGAUAGCUUCAGCUGAUGAAGUUGUGACGAUGAUGAUCGAUCACAUGACCGACUCUUCCAGCCAAUCCCAUCUCCCUCUCAAAGCAGGAGACUCAGUGGUGCUUGUGGUGAACAAUCUGGGUGGCCUGUCCUGUCUGGAGAUGGCUGUGGUUGCUGGGUCUGCUGUUCGUUCUCUGGAGAGUCGUGGUGUCAGUGUUGCUCGGGGGAUCUCGGGCUCCUUCAUUACAUCACUGGAGAUGGCCGGCGUCUCCCUCACUCUCAUGGUGACGGACGAGGAGCUGCUCAGACUGUUUGACGCUGAGACGGCAGCCCCGGCCUGGCCAAUCACAGGCCGAGUUCCACUGACUGGGCGGAGCCGGACCAUCCAGCCAGUGCAGAAGGAGAGUGCAGAAGCUGAGAGUGCAGGCACUGAGGGUCCCAGUGCUCUGUUGUCCCGGAGAGUCCUGCAGCAAGUCUGUUCCUCUCUGCUUGCUAUGCAGGAGGAACUCGAUGAACUGGACCGUGCAGCGGGGGACGGAGAUUGUGGAGGCACACACGCCAGGGCGGCACGAGCAAUCCAGGAGUGGCUGGGAGGUCAUGUGAUCCCAGACUGCCCCGCCCAGCUCCUCUCCUCCCUUGCUGGAUUGGUCCAAGAAAGAAUGGGUGGUUCCUCAGGGGCACUCUAUAGUCUCUUCCUGACGGCUGCUGCCCUGCCCCUACGCACCCAAAGUACCCCCGCAGCAUGGGCCGACGCAUUGCAUGCUGGGAUCGAGGCCAUGAAGAGGUAUGGCGGUGCUGAGCCUGGGGACAGGACCAUGUUGGAUGCCCUGUGCCCUGCAGUGCAGGAGUUGGAGGGUCUGCGCUCGUCGCCCCCUGGUGGAGAGAUGAAGGUGCUGGAGCGGGCUGUGCAGCAAGCUGAGUUGGGGGCGGAGUUGACUCGUGAUCUCACAGCAAGGGCAGGCAGAGCCAGUUACAUUAGCGCGGCGAGACUCCGCCUCCCUGACCCUGGUGCUAUCGCUGUGGCUGCCAUCCUGAGAGCUGUGCUGACCUCAUUGAAGAGUGGAGCAUAGGGCAGCAAAGCACAUACACUGAUGCUAACACAGACACUAACACACACAGACACUAACACAGUCACGCACACACAGGCACUAACACAGA